ACUUCAAGUCGAUUCUCACUUCAAAUCACGGCUACCGCGACUACCAGGUGCGUCACUGGUGCGGAAUUACGCUAGAACCAUGGGACCGGCAGUCGGUGGCAAUAUUGCUUUGUAUCGACGUUCUAUUCAAAACUCCACUUGUCACAGCCUCGGGAAUAUAUAUUGUCGUCUUUUAUUUGACCAUGGUCAGUUACGAGAAGCAUUUAUUCGCGUGUUAUAACAUGAUUGUUCAGAGACACGUCGGCGAAGCUCAAGGAACGAACAAGGUGACGAUGAGUCUCGUCGAGCUUCAGGCUGUGCGCCGAUUACAAUCCAACUUGAGCAAAACAGUCUUAAAAUCGGACGAUCUUUUUCAAAAAAUGGCCUUCUUCUGGACUGGCCUCUUCGUGAUUGGUGUCUGCCUUGAGGUUACCAGGUACUACAAUGGAAAGGCGUCCGAUCCAGAUUUUGACGAUCCAAAUGAGCUGCUGCAGCUCUUCGUAAACCUAAUGAAUUUCUUUAUGCUCUUCAUAUCUUUAUCGAUUUUUGGCGCCAAACUAACUGAAACUGCACAUGCAUGCACGAUGCUUGUACAUCGGAUGAUCAACCACGCGCCAACGGAGGAAAAUCUCGAGCUCUUUUCGCAGGCCCAUCUACUAGUCGCGCAGAUGAAUAAGCCGGAAAUUGCCAUGAGCGGCUGGAACUUCUUCACGUUUUCGCGCAACUUCAUUCUAACAAUCGGCGGAGCUCUGAUCUCUUAUAUUCUCCUCAUUAUUCAGAUGGCACCGUCGAAAGUUAAAGACGUUACAGUGGCCUCAGAUAUCAAAAUAAUGGCAAGCUUAUAUAAUGCUACGGCGAGUACCGUGCUCAAUAAUAUAACGACACGGAGUGGUACCUGGUAAAGCCGGAAAAGAUACUUUGAAGAGCAUAUACAGAUUGGUCAAUCGUUGCGUAUUAAUUACAUAUAAUUUAUGAAAAAAGCCCUUUUCCUUGUUGAGGACCAGUUAGUGCAACAAAAGGUGAAUAUGUUGUUUUUGUUGACCAGGAGACGCUGGAAGUUAAGCAAAUAUAAUAAUAGAUCCACGAUACCAGUCAUAUAUCUCAGUUUAAUACUAGCUAUUUAAUAUUAUCGUAGCUUUAUUAACUCAGCGAUAUGGACUUGGUAAGAAAGAAACCUUAAUUUUGGUAUCAAAUUGAAAACUAAAAAUCAA